UAUUCUUUCUCUACUACCAUGAAAAUAAAAGGUAAAAUCAAGUGUUUCCGUGCUAUAAUCUUGUUAAUAGUUCUAGUAUUUUUUGGCUCCUGUUCUUCCUCCGAAAAAGGUACGAACUUCAGUUUGAAUCUGACCAUCGUUUCGGCAACCUUUAAUGAAGAAUAUAAAAAGGAGCUAAAUAAUCAACGCGAGUAUAUUUUUGUUUACAGCGAAAAUGAUAUUGGAACCAGGGAAGGUUCACAGCUCACCGUAGAGAGCCCCGAUGCGACUUUGGAAAAUCCAUUGUUCGUCGUAGUGAGACAGAAAAGUGGAGUUCUGUCAUGGCAAGUGCCUUUGCUGCCGGAUAUCGGCGAGAUCGUCGACCUGCCCCGUUUCAGCCGAAGAACAAGCCGAAUGUUGUGCCCUUCACAACAUUACAAUUACAAAAAACCUAUCGAAAACAGCAUGGACGUCGACAAGUAUGCCACUAUCACAAUAUCGACUGAUAGUCCGAAAAAUAUCAACUUCGAACUCCGGCUCUCUCGCUUGCCCGACUUUUACAUGAGAAUCGGCGAAAUGAAGUCGUUCAAUAUUACUCCGUCUGAGCCGAUGGUCUACGCAUACGAUUAUGGUGACAAUACAGAAAACUCCACUCUACUUGUCAAAGUUCUUUCCACCUAUGACACUAUGAAAACGUGCAUGACGUUUUCCAUUCAGAAUGCUAUCUGUCCAGUAUUCGACUUGGAAAAGGACAUCUCCUUCAACGGAUAUAGACAAACUGUCAGCCAUAAGGGAGGAAUGACCAUUCAGAGAAAAAAUUACCCCGAUGGAUUUUUCAUUGUAUUAAUCGUCAACGCGGACGACAAACUUUGCUACGAGGGUGACGAAGACGUUCCAGAGGACAGAAAAAAAGUUGUCAGUCUGAUAAUCGAAGAAGGCAUCACAAAUAAGGAGUAUUACAUCGCAACAUUCGCAACGGCCAUUGUUAUCGUAGCAUUCUGUGCCAUGUUUUUCUGCAUUACAAUUUACUUCGAGUUCCACGACCACAAGAGGUUCAAACACGUAGCGGAUAAACCCGUUGCUGCAGGGGUUAGAAUGACGAGAUACCGGCCGAACUCGGAAUUGAGUGAAAACAACGAGUCGCUGCAAGAAGAAGAAGAAGAAGAAGAACAACAACAACAACCAGUAGAAAGUUUAGACAUUGAAUCAAUAAGCGCCGUGGUCGAUCGAUCGGCAAUGAGCUAUGAGGUGGUCAAGCGCUCCGGCAUCACCGCCCACAAGCUCGCGCUUUGCGAGCUGUCGAAGAAGGAGCCCGAAAAACUGCGCAAAGACUCGCAGCUCUACAUGUAUUAUCUAGUGACGAUCGCGAUUUUCUACGCGGCGCCCGUCGUCCAGCUCGUCAUUACCGAUCAGAUAAUGCUGCACAUGACCGGUAACCACGAUCUCUGCUACUACAACUUUCUCUGCUCGCAUCCGCUCAUGAAGCUGUCGGACUUCAAUCACGUCUUCUCGAAUCUCGGCUACGUCAUGCUCGGCACGCUCUUCAUGACCAUCGUCUAUACGCGCGAGCGCAAAAGCGCCGAUUGGGACGAGUGCAACAUGGAUCACGGCAUUCCUCCCCACUACGGCCUCUACUAUUCCAUGGGUUUCGCCUUGAUCAUGGAGGGAAUAAUGUCGGGUAGCUAUCACGUCUGUCCGAGUCACAGUGCUUUUCAGUUCGAUACGAGCUUCAUGUACAUAAUAGCUGUACUCUGCAUGGUGAAGAUCUAUCAGAACCGCCAUCCGGACAUCAAUGCCAAAGCCCCGACGAUCUUCGGCACUCUGUCGCUCACGAUACUGUUCGUCGUGUAUGGUGUCGUAAAAGGCUCGGGCAUCUACUUUCGGGCCAUAUUUUUGAUCAUUCAUCUGGGUCUCUGCGCCUUUCUGAGCGCUCAGAUCUAUUAUGUGGGCAAGUGGAAAUUGGACAAAGGCACUUUAAAGCGCAUGGCAGUGACUUUAAAACCGCAAAGUGGAUCGGGUUGCUUGUUUAAGCCCCUUCACAGAAAGCGGUUUUGUAUUUUGGCAAUUGGCAACUUCUUCAACAUUGGCGCCGCCAUUUACGGGAUCACUUUUCGGGUGGACUUCGCACAUUAUCUCUUGUUCAUUCUCUUAUUGAACCUCUCGCUCUACAUGGUAUUCUACAUUUACAUGAAGAUUCAUUACGGCGAAAAGCUGUUACCACACACCAUCGUCUACAUGACGUUAUCAAUAAUUAUAUGGAUAAUUGCGCUGUACUUCUUCUACAGCAGGACGACCAGCUGGUCCAAGACGCCAGCCACUUCCAGAAUGUACAAUCGGGCUUGCACCAUAGUCUUUUACGACUUCCACGAUAUUUGGCACUUCCUGUCGGCUGUGGCCAUGUUCUUCUCGUUCAUGGUGCUGCUGACGCUCGACGAUCCGCUGGCGGGCACCCACUACGCUCAGAUUCCCGUUUUUUGAGUACAUAUUAUAUGUUCCAGUCAAUCGAAUAAUUUGCGAUGAAAAAUCGUCGAUCAACUUAUACGCGAAGAAACGAAUGAAAAAACGGUGGAAAAUCUGAAAAUAUGAGAUUAUAAUAAUAUUAAAAUAAUGUAAAUAAAUAUAAUAAGUAUUAUAUUUAGUGACUGA